GAGGAGGAGUACGAGUACACCAUCUCCAAGUUGCAGCGGCAGCACGCUGACCAAGUAAAAAUGCUCAAGGACAAGAUAUGGUCGCUUGAGACUGAGCUCGAAAAGUGGCGAGAGGAAAUCGAUUUGACAAAAUCCCGGGAAAUUGCCGAGCUGAGAAGCACGGUUCAUCGGUUGACAGACCAGAUCGAAGUACUAGAGAAGCUGAAGGAAGCACAGGAAGCGCCGCCGAGGGCAUUUGCUCGCUCACCGGAGCCGGGAAGCAUGCAUGUCGAAGCUCGGGUCGGCAAUCGCAGCGCAGAGCUUGUCGAGGUGCUGGACUCCAGGAUCCGCGAUCUUCUGGUAUGAGACCCAUACAUCGUGCGAGCUGAUGGUACCGUCCAUCGCUCUCUCUAUUGACGAACUGGAGCAUAUCCACUGCAUCAUCGACAUUUGCGCGAUGUCUACACGAUCGGGGAUGUGCGGGACACACUGGAUGCAGAAAAAGAACAGCGAUAUGCAAGAAGAAAACGCGAACCUCGAGACCCGGAUCAAGAAGCUCGAGUAUGAGACAGCGAAAUGUGUGCGCAUGAAGGAGCGCGCAGAGCGUCAACUUGGCGACACUGAAAUGUAUCUCGAGUCACUUCAAGAAGCCGAGAGAAAGCGGGUCGAGUUUGAGGAGUCUCGGAUUCUGCCCGAGAUCAAUAUGCCUCCUUCGACGCUUCGAUCGACGGCAGGCAAAACGGUGCUGGCAAAAAAGUCUGUCGAUGAGCUCGUGGACAUCAUCGACCAUCUAUCGUCUGCCACGGAGCGACUCAAACUCGAAAACGACAAGUAUCGACGAGCCGGGCUCUCAAAUGCAAAGUACCUCGAGCUGAUGAAGGAGUGCAAGGCUCUGAAGCGCGAGAAGGAGAUCUAUUCAGACUUUGAGAAGCACAAGGCCAAACUGGAGGCGCACAUUUCAAAGAUCGAGGAGGAGAACCAGAAACUGCGCAAGCAGAUCAGGAAAGAGAACAACCGGGCCGCCCACCAUCUCCAAAGAAUCGAGGAGCUUGAGCAAAGAAACGAGAUGCUCCAGAGCCAGAUACAAGUCCUCGAGAAGAAGCCGCAUCGAUCCAAUCGAGCGGACGAGGAUUCGGCGUCGUGCUCUGAUGCCGCAGAGUCCAAUGCAUCCGAGCUGAUCCAAGAGCUGCGAUCCCAGCUUGCAGAACGAGACCGAGUCGUCCAAAACCUGCUCAGCACCGAGGGGUCGAAACAGGAGGUUGUCGGCCUCAGAGAUAAAGUUCGCAAACUGAUGCAAGAGCUCGAUACUUCCAAGAUUCGGGUUUCAAAGCUCUCCGAGCAGAUCGUUCUUCUCCAGUCGACCCGAGGCGGCGGCGAGAAAGAAAAACAAAUCGCCCGCAUUCCUCCCGGCCUCGUUGACGACCUUGAGGACCUCAGUUUCAACUACAAAGAGUCCGUGCGCCAGAACCUGCAGUACGAGGAAACGAUUCGAUCGCUCUGUGAGAGGAUAGGGCUCUCACCAGAACAUGUGCUUGGAAUAGGCGGUGCUGGCCCAAGCCAGUGGUGACGAACGAAACCCAUAGCCCGAAUGGCUGGACGGAUGGGU